AUGGAACAAUCAUAAUUCAUUGGUAAUGUAGCUUAAACAGGUGGUGCAAUUUAUGCCUCAUCAGACUCAAAUGUUAAUAGUAUUGCUUUUUUAAAUGAUGAAACAAUUGGUUCAUUUAUUUUUUUGAUUUUUGAUGUUACUAUGGAUAUUGAUAAUUGUCAGUUUAGAAAUGGAGUAUCAAAUUUAGGAGGUUCUAUCUAUAUUUCAGGAGAUAGUGUCAUUCGAAUCACAAAUUCAAUGUUUAUUAAUAAUCAAGCUAAUUCAAAAGGCGGAGCAAUCUAUUCUUCAGGUUUUAAGAGUAUCUUCAUUGGAUAAGGGACUUAAUUUAUCAAUAAUUCUGCUCUUGAUAAUGGAGAAGAUAUAUAUAUCACAAACUCCUUUAACAUAUUAACUCUCGAUAAUGUAGUUCUAUCAAACUUGAACUCGAAAAAUUCAAUAUAUAUUGAAUAGGCUAUUUUAUAUGCUGAAAAUAUGAUUAUUAAAGAUAUAAAUCAAAAUAAGUAGUCAAAGAGAGGUGCUGGAUUAUUCUGUAAUUAUUGCAAAGGUCUUCAAAUAAAGUCCUCAUAGUUUAUUAAUUUAAAAAGUAGUCAAGGUGGAGCAAUUUACUUAAUAGAACUUGACAUAAACAAAGGAACUACUCUUUAAUAAACAGAUGAAAAGUUUUUAAUUUAAAAUUCUUAAUUUCAUAACUGCACAGCUGAGAUUGGUGGUGCAAUCAACGCUGAUAAUCCUUAAUCACUUAAAAUAAUUAAUUCUACUUUUAUUAAAAAUAAAGCCAUAAUAGAUAAUCAAAGCCAAUUUUAGAUAUAAAAUAAAGGCUCAGGAGGAGCAAUAUAUUACACUUGUAACAAUUAAUUAUUAAAUUGUAAAAUGAAAUUAGAAGAUAAAAAUAUUUUUUAAGAUAAUUCAGCUGAUUUAUAAGGAGGUGCUAUUUUUUGGGAUUAACUUGAACCUAUUUUCACAAAAAAGGAAAAAUUUAUUAAUAACAAUGCAAUUAAAGAUGAUUUCUAACUUAGACAAUUAUAAAAUGAAUAACCUUCAACUUAAGAAAUAAAGUCUUAAAGGAGUGGAGGUACCAUUCCAAAAUUAUACAUGGCUUUAAAAGAUCAAUAUGGGUAGAUAGUUGGAUCAGAUUUUAAGAGCAAAGUCAGAGUGAGUGUUGAUUUGAAAAAUUUAGACAAUAAGUAAAGCCUAUAUUUACCUAUCCUUGAGGGCACUCUUUCUUUCGAUAUUAUUGGGGGUAUAGCAUUGAUUUAAGAUAUUUCAAUUGUUGGUAAUCCUGGUAGUUCUUACAAAUUUAUCAUUACAACAGAUGGUAUUGAUUUAUCAAAAUAGUCUAAUUAAGACAGAAUGUAAUAAAGUGGUAAUUCAGACCUAGAUUUUAAUCUAAAAAUUGAACUUAGGGAGUGUGAAAUUGGAGAAUAAUUUACUUCAGCUGGAAAGUGUUUGAAGUGUGAGCAAAGUUUUUCUUUAGUAAAAAUGACAUCUCCAGGAACUUGCGAAAUAUGUCCUACUGAAAAAGCAAUUUGCAAUGGCGGUGCUGAAAUAGGUCCACAGCCUGGAUUUUGGAGAAGUAGUAAUCAAUCUAUAGUUUUCACUUAAUGUCUUUUUGAGCAAGCUUGCUUGGGCAUGAUUUCACCAUAAAACAACCCAAAAGGAGAAUGCUUAUAAGGAUAUUAGGGUAUUCUUUGUGCUGAUUGCAUUAGCGGUUACUCUAGAGAUAAAGAAUACUAAUGUGCGAUAUGUCCUGAGCCUGCUUUAAAUACACUAAGACUUAUCACGAUAUUCAUAGCUGUCAUUAUAUUUGUUGUUCUAAUGAUAAGGUCAACUUUAAAAAGUGCCUAGGAUAUAAAUAAUGUUACAAGCAUUUACCUUAAAAUAUUGCUGAAUCAUUUCUAAUUAAUUCUAAUGACAGCUUCUUUUGAUUUCUAAUGGUCAGAGCAAAUAGUUGGCUUUUUUACUACAACCAAAUAGGUUGCAACAUAAUCAACUUAGAUUUUCAGCUUUGAUUGUUUCUUAGAUACUGGAGGUGAGACUAAAGCGCUAUUACCUUUCAUGCUAACAAUUGCUUGCUCAUUGAUAUGGAGUAUCUAUAAAAAAAUAAUGAAAAACUUAAUUGAAAUUGGAGGAAAAAUAAUGUCUAGUUUAGUAAUCUUGCUAUUCUUGGUACAUCCUAGUUUAGUCACAUUUUCAUUCAACGAUUUCAAAUGUAAAGAAGUUGAUGGGCAAUUAAGAGUUCAAGAUGAUUUAGAAAUAAUUUGCUGGUCUCCAGAGCACUCUUUCUACAGUUUCUUUGUGGCACUUCCUUGUAUAAUUGUAUGGGGACUAGGAAUACCAUUCUUUGCAUUGACUAUUCUUAUUAGAAAGAGAAAGAAACUAGACAACUUUGAGAUUAGAUAGAGAUACGGAUUCCUUUAUAGAGGUUAUAGAAAAGAGUAUUACUAUUGGGAAAUAGUAAUAAUGUACAGGAAAAUCCUCAUUAUUUUUACAGCAGUUUUUAUCAGUAACUUUGGAAUAAUUGCCUAGGCCCUAAUUGUAUUCUUUACUCUGAUUGUUUUCUUACUAAUAAACUUUAAAAAGCAGCCUUUUAACACACUUGUUCUUAAUGAUUUGGAAACAUUAUCCCUAAUAACAUCUAUGAUCACAAUAUACUGUGGACUAUUCUUCAUCUUAAAUAAGCCUAAAACAUGGAUUGAAAAUAAUCCUGAUUAUUCAAGAGGCUCAGUAUCAUUAUCAACAGCCAUAUAAAGAUUAUUUUUUGCUUUGAUACUAAUAUCGAAUUUGUUCUUCUUCAUAUAUUGGAUGUUCAAGAUAAAAGGUGAGCUUAAAUUAAACAAAAAUAACAUAGAAAGACUGAUGAUUUCAUUUAGUAAAGAAGAAGUAGAAAAAAUAGCUAAAACUAAAUAACUCGAGAGUUAUGAAAUAGAACUUUUUGAAAAAGAAAAGAAAAGAAAGUCCUUCUUGCAAAAAGAACCAGAUAUAAAUAAUUAUGAAGAUUCAAGAGAUGAUCUAUAGAACUACCUAAAGCUUAAAGAAUAAAAUCUAAUAGAUAAUGAUCAAGACAUCACCCAUUAUUAUGAAUAUUAUAGAGAUGAUGAAAGUAGAAUCUAGACCAUGUAGACUGAAGAAUCAUAAUAAGAUAUUAACUUUGAGAUUAGCUCUACAAUUGCUAGAAAUAAAAGACUCAAACAAUUAUAAAAUAAUAAAAAAAGUUAUAGAAAUCAACAUGAAAUACCAUUAAAUUAAUACUUGAAGAAAAAAUUUUAAAAAGAAUAAGAAUAAAGAAAGAGCAGAUACAAAAAUUAGCAAAGAACUUAUUUAUCUAAUUAUGAAUUAAUCAAAGAGAAUAAUAAAGAGUCCUCGACAAGUUUAAAUUCGAAUGAUCGCAAUAUGAUUUCCAGUUUUAAUAAUAAAAAUGCAAGUUAGUCUUCAUUAGAUAAUUACUCUCCGAAUAGUGGAAAGUCUUAAAAUAUCCACAAUAAGAUAAAAUACAGCAAAUCUUAGUUCAGGAAAAUUUAAAAUCUGGAUUAGUAGUUGAGUAUUGAAGUGAAUUCAGAUGAUUUAACAGAUGAUAAUUUAUUCAGCAGUCAAAAUUAGGAAGAAUAAAAGCAGGAUGCUAGCUUAGAGCUAUAAAAUGUCUCUAGCAAUUUUUUUACCUUAGUUGAUCGAAUUGAUUAUGAAAAAGAGGAGAUAAACUAUGACGAUGGUAAUAUCCUAUCAUUCUCUAACAAAGAAGAAUAAAAUAAUCUACUGGAAACUAUGGCAUUUAGAUUAAUACCAACACAAACCUUUAAAGUAUAUGAUAAGAAACAAGAAGUUUAAAUUUUAACAGAGGUAAAUGCUAAUCAUAAACUUGACAAACUUGCAAAAGAAGAGAUAUAUAAGGCUAAGGAAACUGAAAUUAAUGAAAUGGAUUUAUAACUAUAAGAUUACACAUCAGAUGAGGAAAAGAAGAUUAAUCUGAAUAAAAGUUCCUAAUAUAGUAAAGGCUUUUCCUCUUUCAAUAAUCAUAUUAGUGGUGAAUCUCCAAAAAUAUUGUCCUCUCAAAAAUCAGAUUCAAAAAGUCUGAGUGAGAAAAAUAAUUGA